GCGCUGGUACUAGGGACCGCGGCAGGCCGAGGGGGAGGUGCGGUUAGGGAGAAGAGACUGGUCCGGGCAGAGCUCGGGGGUUGGCACCAGUUCGAGCACUCAUUCAAGCGGCAGUACGCACUUGUCCCAGUUCUAGCUGACCGCAGUAGCUGCGUCUUCUGCGCUCCAGCACCCUGAGCUCAUCUGCAAACGUCCUGGCGUCCGUCCUCACCAUGCCUAGCCUUUGGGAUCGCUUCUCGUCGUCCUCUUCGUCCUCAUCCUUGUCCCGAACUUCCACCCCAGAUCAGCCGCCACGCUCAGCCUGGGGGUCGGCGGCCCGAGAAGAGGCACUCGGCCGCUGCGCGAGCCUGGAGAGCUCGGACUGUGAGUCCCUGGACAGCAGCAACAGUGGCUUUGGGCCGGAGGAAGACUCUUCAUACUUGGAUGGGGUGUCCCUGCCCGACUUCGAGCUGCUCAGCGAUCCCGAGGAUGAGCACCUGUGUGCCAACCUGAUGCAGCUGCUGCAGGAGAGCCUGGCCCAGGCACGGCUGGGCUCGCGGCGCCCUGCACGCCUGCUGAUGCCCGGCCAGCUGGUGAGCCAGGUGGGCAAAGAACUACUGCGCCUGGCCUACAGCGAGCCGUGCGGCCUGCGGGGGGCGCUGCUAGACGUCUGCGUAGAGCAGGGCAAGAGCUGCCACAGCGUGGGUCAACUGGCUCUCGACCCCAGCCUUGUGCCCACCUUCCAGCUGACCCUCGUGCUGCGCCUGGACUCACGCCUCUGGCCCAAGAUCCAGGGGUUGUUUAGCUCCGCCAACUCUCCCUUCGUCCCUGGCUUCAGCCAGUCCCUGACGCUGAGCACGGGCUUCCGAGUAAUCAAGAAGAAGCUGUACAGCUCAGAGCAGCUGCUCAUUGAGGAGUGUUGAACUUGGGCCUGGGGGGCUGAUACUGACCCCAUGACAGACAGUUGAACUUUUGGGGUGGACAUUGGCAGGUAGAAGCUGAGGGACUGCUGCCUGUCGUUAGAAAACUGACAACAGCCACGUGAGGAGAGGAAGGUCAAGGUGAGGGGAACACGGUGUUUCCCUAGGAAGCUCACUGAGGUGUGGACAGGUGGCUCCCACUUGGGCUCACAUGCUGCCCCUCAGUACUGUAGCAUGAAACAAAGGCUUAGGGGCCAACCAGGCUUCUGGCUGGAUGUGUAUGUAGCAUGUACCUUAUUAUUUUUAUUGUUACUGACAGUUAAGACAACAGUGGUGUGACAGAGCCAUGAGAGCAGCUGGGCUGCACUGGCAUCUGCAAGGGAUGUGCACUCAUGGUAGCCGGCUCUGGUGGGGGAGGGUGGUCAUUGAGGUGGUUUGUGUAUCUCAUGGUCUGAAGGGACCAAAUGUUUGUUCUUUGUUGUUUUUGUAUCUUUUUUUUUUUGAUUGGAGCUUCACUACUGACCUGUUCUAGGCAGCUAUCUUACAGACGCAUGAAUGUAAGAGGAGGAAGGGGUGGGUGUUGGGAUCACUUGGGGAUCUUUGACACUUGAAGAAAAACACACCUGGGAGCUGCGUGUGGCCCAUCCCCGGAUGUGUAGUGAAGGGUUGAACUGUGAGGGGAUGGGGCUGAUUGGGGUGGGGGCUGGAGCCCCUCCCCCAGAGGAGUACCAUCUGGGUCUUCCAUCUAGAACUGUUUACAUGAAGAUACUCGCUGUUCAUGAAUACACUUGAUGUUCAAGUAUUAAGACCUAUGCAAUAUUUUUUACUUUUCUAAUAAAAAAAACCAUGUUUGUUAAAAC